AAAGUGGAAGUAGAAAGCGAAGGUGCUGUACUUCACAAAACAGCAUGAUGCUAUGGACUUAUAUUUAGUGUAGAAGAUAUUAACUAUGGAAGAAUGAUGCAUUAGUUUCCGCCAUAUCAUUUCAGCACGGCAUUGAUUGCGUUGGUCGAAUCGUCAGCAAGAGUCCACCAUGUUACAGCAGAUUCUCCAGACGAUGACCGUCGACCCUGACCUCCUGUCAGAGCUGUCGGACGAACAGAAGGCCAUACUGUUUGUCAAGAUACGGGAGGAACAAGUCCGGAGGUACAAUGAGUUUGAGAAGAAGAAUCAAGAUGACCGGAUUCCAAGGAAACCCAAGAAAGGUAGAAAGAACGUGGACUUCCUGUUGGGCAAGAAUGGCAAGGAGUGGGUCUGGGUGAUGGGUGAACACAAAAAGGACAGGUCUAUAGAGGAGAUGAUCGAGUUAGAGAUCCAGGAGAGGGCACUCAAGGAGGCCGAGCGCGAGAUCGAGGAGAUCAGGAGGCAAGAAGAAGCAGAGCUGGCCAGGAAGUUAGAGGAGGAGAAAGAACGCAUGGAGGGGGAGCAGCAUCAGAAAGAGGAGGAGCUCAGGAAACAAAGGGAGGAGGCUGAACUGUAUGCAUCGCUAAAGCAAGCCAGGGAGAUGGCGCGGAAGCUUGAGGAAGAAAAACAGAAGGCUGAGGAAGAGGAGAAAAUCCGUGUGGAGCAGCUAAGGCAGAAAGCGUGCCGGAGUUGUCAAGAUUUAGAUGCUGUGGAGCACAGGUUUGCCGAGGAUCAGAGACGGUCUUUGGAGAGACUCGUCAAGGACAAGAAUCGUCGCAGUUCCGAAAUCUUCACCGAGUAUAUGUGUAAAAGAGAGGAGAUGGAGAAGAUAGCGGAGCAGAACCUACAGGAAGUGGAAUUAAGCUGGCAGGAGCAAGAGAAGAAAGCGAAGAAGGCGGAGGAGGAGGUGAAGGAGUUGGCGAGGAGGGCCAGGAUAGAGUACAAGAACUCGCUGCGACAAGGCAUGAACGUCCUGAACGCUGUGUCAGCCUUCUCAGGGAACGGGACCAAUCAGAAGCCACCGGUACCCCCAAAAAGUGACGAGUUAAGAAAGAGUGCAGCCAAAGUGAUCAAGAAGAGGCCACCCCGACCCCCCAACAAACAGGCAGUGGUCGACUGGUUCCUGGAGGAAGAGAGACCCAAGGGGGUGGGGACUGACCCUAGCACCGGAAAAGUGGCCCAGUGGUUCCACGGUGUUAUCUCUCGGCUAGAGGCGGAGAAUUAUUUACUCAAAAUGACGUUAGGUAGUUACCUGAUGCGGGUGAGUGAGCGAGUGUGGGGCUACACGAUUUCCUAUCGCGCUGAGGACCGCUGCAAACACUUCCUGGUCGAUACCUCGGAACAAGGCUACCAGUUUUUUGGAGCUAAUCAGCUUGUACAUAGAAGUCUAGCCGACCUUAUCAAUUUUCAUAAGAGUAAUCCAAUCACAGUGACAGGGGGUGAGUUACUGCGUUCUGCGGUCGGCCAACUGAAGGACCCCCCGGACUACCAUGAACUGAUGAGGCCCCGCAUAACGGAGAGCACAGCUUUAUAAAAAAAACUACAGAAACUAGGCCACCGAAUCUACUGACCAAUCAGGAAAGACCUUACAUCGCAGGCUGAUAGAGAGGGACUAGGAUAGGUUCGACAGUGAUGUGCUGUAAGGAAAAUCAGCAGGACUUGUCACCUUGUCUGAUGCCUUGGUAUCUGCAGUAAUGGACGGUCACUCAAUCCAUGCAGAGCAGGGCUUUGCUCCAGUUGUAAUCCUGAAAGAUAUUAACUUCUUUUUCAAGUUUCCACCUACAUAUUUAUCCAUUUUUAUUCCCUUGAUUAGAUUUGUUUGCGAUACUUGCUCACAUUUUCAUACUUUUCAAUUUUGACCCCCCCCCCAAUUUUUUUUAUUCCAUUUGAUAUUUCCCUUAAUUUUUUUAUUUGUAUGCAUGUGGAGUUCAUGGUUGUAAAUGAACAACAGAGCUGUGUUCAAAUAUAUUUAUUGUUCUUAGAUGACAUAGUAUCAUUUUGAUUACAUGUGACAUAUGUUAAUUUUAGAAAAUGCUUUCUGAUAACUUAAAAGAUGAAUGUUGCUUGUCAAAGCAGGAAAUCAUUGAUUUGAUCAAUUGUUGAGUGAAUAGUAAAGAUCUGUGUCAAAUUCUUGCUCACGAGCCCACCCAGUGGUUCCUGUAACUUGUUCAAUACUAUAAAUUCCUAAUUAAACGUAAGGAAUUUAUAUCAAGAAGCACCCCUCGCAGAUUUUAAAACCUUGCCAUUAUUUUCUGAGGGUUGGGAACUAAAGAAAAUAUGGAUAAAUGUUCCGCGUUCGUGAUUUGAUACAAAACAGCUGGAUCACGGAUUUAAGUACCCGCGUAUAAUAAGGAAUUUACAGUAUCAAUAGCGGUCUAGGGUAGAUUUUGUGUAAUCCUUCGUUAUUUGUUGAGCAGCGAGACCUACUGUUUUAUAUUAUACAAUCCAGUUAACUGUCGUAUCUUGUGAUAUGAGUUUGUGAUUAAUGUACCAAAAUCACAAACUUCCGUGAUAUUGUACAAACCAGAUUAUUGUUUUGAUAAUCAAAAUUGGAAUGAUCUUCCAUUCUAUGCACAAACCUACCGUAAAUGUUUAACAUGCU